AUGAUUGCUGAUACUAAUAGAAAAGGUGUGUGUGUUAAAGAUGCUGAAGGAAAAAUCGACAACGAAGGACGCCAAGAGGAAAUGACCACCAACACAAACCUAAACAACCUGAACCACAAAGAGAGUUUUGACAGCCAGUAUAGCACUGGAAAGCUGCUGGGAAAAGGAGGCUGUGGUUCGGUCUAUGAAGGAGUUUGUAAGGCAGAUGGGAAGCAGGUUGCCAUCAAAUAUGUGUCGAAGACUCACUACCAACGAUUUACCACUAUUCCCGAGGAGACGGACUCGCUUCCUGUAGAGGUGGCAUUAAUGCAGAUGGUGUCCAGGCCGCCUUGCAGUCCACACGUGCUAAAGCUUCUGGAGUGGUUUGACACGCCUCAGCAAUACAUCCUGAUUCUGGAGCGACCCGUUCCCUGCAUAGACCUCUUACACUUAAUAAUCAGUAAAGACAAACUGAGUAUGGAGCUCGCUCGACACAUCAUGUGGCAGGUGGUUCUGGCUACACGUCACUGCCAUGAUCGUGGGGUCUUACAUAGGGACAUCAAGCUUCAGAACGUCCUUAUAAACACUGAAACUCUAGAGGUCAAGCUGAUAGACUUCGGCUGCGGUGACCUUCUCAAGGAAACUCCCUACAAAACAUUUUCAGGAACGAGGCUACAUGCUCCACCUGAGUGGAUAACAAAUGAAGCAUAUCAUGGCUGCCCUGCAGCUGUCUGGAGUCUAGGUGUAUUGCUGUUUCUGUUGGUUUGUGGACGCUUGCCUUUUCGGACUAAUAAGCAGAUUGUUGAUGGGCGUCUGUUUUUUAAACAUGGUGUGUCUAAGGCCUGCAGUAGUCUGAUUGAAAAAUGCCUUCAGAAAAAUCCCAGUAAGCGUCCAAGCCUUGAAGAGAUCCUUCAGGACGAGUGGUUUGAAAAGGAACGUGAAUAUCAAGUCCAGACAGACGUAGAUCCUGAGACGCAGAUGAGUGAGCAGAGCAGUAACAGUCAUAACAAUCACCACGUCUCAUAAAACUGUCUUCUAUUUGUACAGGAUUUGUAAUUGUACAGGAUUUAUAAUUGUACAGGUUUCCUAAGGUUGCAGGUAACAGUAAAAACAAUGAAACUAAUAAAGCUUUUACUAGUUUACCAGGAAAAAGAAGAUCUAACCGCAGAAUGUGAUUCAAGAACACUGGCAGUAGGUGAACAAGCAUCUCUCUUUGAAAGCUGAGGAGACUGAGGAGACCUUCUUACCAUUAUGCAACUUAUCAGCAGCUUUAGGAUAUAUGUUAUAUAUGUUAGUUCUACCAGUAAAAAGCUUGACUGUAAAUAAUCACAUUGUAUAAUA